GCUGCCUGUUUUUGCCAUCCCGAGGAAGGAAUCGAACUCAUGGCAGCAACGGUGAAAUCCCGCGAGUUCGACGUAAUCAUCCUUGGAGCCUCCGGAUUCACCGGCAAAUACGUCGUCCGCGAGGCCCUCAAGUUCCUCUCCUCCGCCUCGGGCCCCCUCAGGUCCCUCGCCCUCGCCGGCCGCUCCCCCUCCAAGCUGGCCGCAGCCCUUCAAUGGGCCGCCGCCGCAUCCCCCCCUCCGCCCCUCUCCCUCAUCUCCGCCGACGUUUUCGACCCUACCUCCCUUCUCGCUCUAUGUCGCAGCACCAGGAUCAUCCUCAACUGCGUCGGCCCUUUCCACUUCUACGGCGAUCCCGUCGUCGCCGCCUGCGUCGAGGCCGGAACCGACUACCUCGAUAUCACAGGUGAGCCCGAGUUCAUCGAGAGGACGGAGACCAGGUACCACGUGCGGGCCGAAAAGGCGGGAUCUUUGGUGGUUUCGGCUUGCGGGUUCGACUCGGUUCUGGCGGAGCUGGGGCUCAUGUUCCAUUCCCGGCAGUGGGUGCCUCCGGCGGUGCCGAACCGGGUGGAAGCGUAUUUGAGCGUGGAGUCCGAAAGGAGCAUCGUGUUGAACAUCGGUACGUACGAGUCUGCGGUUGUCGGCAUGGCAAACAUGGGUCGGUUGCUGGAUCUCAGGAGGUCGAGGCCGAAGAGUGCUCGGCCUGUGAUUGUAGGCCGCCCACCUGCCAAAGGACCAUUGAUCGAACAUAAUAAGACACUCGGGCUCUGGGCAAUAAAGCUACCUUCCGUUGAUGCUGCAGUUGUUCGAAGAACACAUGCAAUACUAGCAGAGCAUCCUCAUGGCCUUGCAGGCGUCAACGAAAGUGAUGAGUGUGCAGAGAAGAGGAAGUUGUACUGGUCAACAGUGAAGCCUAUCCAUUUUGGUGUGAAGAUUUGUGCCAAAUCUAUACUGGGCAUUUUGCGGCUCAUAGUAACUGGAUUGUUCCUUGGGCUCUUUGGAAUGUUUGCACUUGGGAGAUCAAUUCUGUUGAAAUUUCCAUCAGUUUUUUCUCUUGGGUGGUUUAGAAAGACUGGACCUACAGAGGAAGAGGUCAGAAGUGCUUCUUUCAUUAUGUGGUUCAUCGGGCAUGGCUAUAGCGACGGCAACCUGGCUUCGCAAAGAGGUCGGAAACCAGACACAGAGAUAAUUACCAGGGUAUCUGGCCCUGAGGUGGGAUAUGUGACUACUCCAAUCAUCCUACUUCAAUGUGCUCUUGUUGUAUUGAGCGAGCGUGACAACUUACCAAAAGGUGGUGUUCUUCCACCCGGAAUAGUCUUCAGCCACACCAAUCUUCAACGGUGCCUCGAAGAAAAUGGAAUUUUUUUCGACGUCAUCUCUGUGAAACCUUCUUCACUGCAUUGAUUUCUCCGUUCCAGUUCUUGCAAACAAAUGGAAGUAGCUUUGCUUUCUUUCUAGCCUGAGAUCUGUAUUCUUCCAUGCUUUAUAAGAUACUGCUUUGCAUCCAAACUUAGUUUUUUGAGAUCGACUUUGCGGAAAAAUAAUGAGAAUCUUUGCUAUUCUCAACAAGUGUUGUGCUAUU